UCUAAUGUCAGUCAGAGAAUGAUUUUCUUUGCUCCGAAAUCUGCAGAAUAGAAAAGCGUAUGUUGUCGGUCAGCCUGGAAGAAAAUUCAACGAGCCUACCUUGUCAUGAGUGUUUUCUGUCGCUUACUCUCGAGAGGACUUCUCUGCGGACGGGCAACAUGUCGGUUUGUAACCGGACAGCAGGAUUUCAGCGGUGGAGUGCUGCGGAUGACUCGGGCGGUUGGCUCGACCAGCCCUGUGAACCUAACCUAUGACGUGUUUGACGGGACAGGGGACGGCACCCCCCUGGUGUUCCUCCAUGGGCUGUUUGGCAGCAAGUCCAACUUCCACUCUAUAGCCAAGUCCCUGGUGCAGAGGACAGGCCGAAAGGUGCUGACGGUCGACGCCCGUAACCACGGUACCAGCACACACAGCACCGAUCUGACCUAUGAGGCGAUGACCAAUGACUUGACGCACUUGCUCGCCCAGCUGCACAUCGGGAAGUGCGUCCUGAUUGGCCACAGCAUGGGGGGCAAGGUCGCCAUGACUACAGCCCUGUCGCAGCCUGGCCUGGUGGAGAGGUUGGUGGUGGUGGACAUCAGUCCAGCCCAGACCACCACCCGUACCAACUUCCACUCCUACAUCCAGGCCAUGAAGGAUGUGAAUAUCUCUAGCGACAUCCCUCGCUCGACCGCCCGCCGCAUGGCCGAGGACCAGCUACGCAAACUGGUCAAGGAGCGCUCAGUGCGCCAGUUCCUGCUGACCAACCUGGUGGAGCAGAACGGACACUACGCCUGGAGAGUCAAUCUGGACGCCAUUGCCGCACACCUUGAUGACAUCAUGAGCUUCCCUACCUUCGAAACCACAUACGAGGGCCCCACCCUCUUCCUGGGCGGAGCAAGUUCUGCCUACAUCAGUUCUGAGGACUAUCCAGAGAUCCAGCGGUUGUUCCCAUGUGCAGACAUCCAGUACAUCCCAGACGCCAGCCACUGGAUCCACGCAGACAAACCCCUGGACUUCAUCAGCUCCAUCAGCUCCUUCCUGCAGCCCUAACCUACCCUGCUCCAACCCUCUCCAUCCACCACCACCUAAUUACUAAUCCUACCCUGCUCCAACCCUCUCCAUCCACCUAAUUACUAAUCCUACCCUGCUCCAACCCUCUCCAUCCACCUAAUUACUAAUCCUACCCUGCUCCAACCCUCUCCACCACCUAAUUACUAAUCCUACCCUGCUCCAACCCUCUCCACCCUCCACCACCUAAUUACUAAUCUUACCCUGCUCCAACCCUCUCCACCACCUAAUUACUAUUCCUACCCUGCUCCAACCCUCUCCACCACCUAAUUACUAAUCCUACCCUGCUCCAACCCUCUCCACCACCUAAUUACUAAUCCUACCCUGCUCCAACCCUCUCCACCACCUAAUUACUAUUCCUACCCUGCUCCAAUCCUCUCCACCACCUAAUUACUAAUCCUACCCUGCUCCAAUCCUCUCCACCACCUAAUUACUAAUCCUACCCUGCUCCAACCCUCUCCACCACCUAAUUACUAAUCCUACCCUGCUCCAACCCUCUCCACCACCUAAUUACAGGACAACCGCUGGCCUUUAACAUUAUUCACACUAAUACGGCACAGCACAAAGCCACUGUUAUCCAAUGGCGGAAAAGAACACGCUCCAAAGGGCAUGCUGUGUUGCGAAGGCUCUGAGGGUGUCGGUCACUGCUGUUGCCUGCACUCGUCAAAGUUCAAAUAAUUGUUCGACCUUUCCAACGUAUGUGCGUGGUGUUCUCGCUCUGAGCAAAACGCCUUGUGCGAAUAAUGUGAAAGGCCUGUUAGACUCUGCCCACUCACACUGGGGUCCACCUCUUAAAACAGCCAGUAGGUAGAGCUUCAAACCAGAGGAGGCACAGCCAUCUUAGUAGACAAUGCUAAUAUUGCUAACCCUGGACCAAACUCACUCUUUCUUUCCAUGCUGUUUAUCUUGCGCUUAAAGGAGCUGUAUGGAAAAUGACCUUAAUUUAUCUAUAGUAAUAGUGGGAUGACAGUUUCAUCAUAUUUUGUUCCCCAAAAAAGGUUAUUGGUCUCACAAAAAAUUGCAUUCUAAUGGUGCAGCCUUCUUAUUGGUCAAUAAAAGACGGACCAUCUCUUGUGAAAUUGACAACGAGUUACAUAUAGCUCCUUUAACCGCCAUAUUGUAAUCAAGGAUUUGUGUAAAUCCUGUAUUACCGUACUUAAUAGAUAUGUAAAUAUUAAGAAAAGUAGAUAGUUGGGUAGUAAGAGGUUGAGAUUAUAUUUAAAGUAGAUUGACAGUUUGUUUUUAAAUGAGGGAGUGUUUUUAGGUAUGAGUUACUAAUCCAAAGAUCCUCUCGUCAUUGUUGCACAGUACCAUUCUACUCUAAUCAGGUUGAUGUAAAUCGGCAUUGAAGAAAGGCUUUGAGCCAGGUCUUAUAUAGUCUAGUCUGGACAUGUUCUGUAUGUAUGUGGCUACGUCUCAAAUGACACCCUGUAUCCCAUAUAGUGCACUAGUUUAAAGAUGCACUAUUCGGAAACUGCUGUGCCAUUUCCUGGUUGCAAAAAUUCUAAUAGCUUGCCUAAUGUCAGUUUGUAACAAACAGGGAAGUAUAGUGUGGAGAAUCAUUGUACCAUCUAAACUGCUGUGAAAUAAUCCAUAACCUAAAAUAUUCAAUUUUUUAGCUGUUUGAAACUGGUGUUCAAAUCUGAAAGUAAAAGAUGCAACAAAAGAAAUGUAACUUAAGCACGGGGAGCAUAGAAAUAGCGCACACAGAACAGAUCUACCACUUCUUAGACUUGCUUUCAAUGAGAAUGACAGAUCUAGAACUUAAAUGUUUAUCUGAAUUUGGUCAGAUCGCCCAAAAAUGUACAUAUUGCAGCUUUAAAAGCAGUGCACUAUGUAGGGAAUAGGGUGUCAUAACAGCCUUAAUAUAGUGCACUAUGUUGUCCAGGGAUGUCAAACUCAUUCCACUGAGUGCCUAGUGUCUGCAGGUUAAGACCUAGACAACCAGGUGAGUUCCUUACUAAUUAAUGACCUUAAUUCCUCAAUCAAGUACAAGGGAGGAGUGGCCCUCCGUGGAACGAGUUUGACACGUGUGACGUAGUGCGUCAAGGAAAUAGGGUGUCUAAUUUGAGACAAUGCCUGAGAUACAUCGCAGUUCUAACCCUACAGUAUGGGGAAUAUGGUGUGAUCUCUAAAGCAGCCAGACUGUGUCUCUGGGAUGGGUAGUCUAGAGGGGUGAUUCAGCAGGGAGCUUGGCAGAACAGGAGGAUCGGCGAUAUAGAAAUAUAAUCUCGUUCUGUGGUUGGAACCCUGGUUGAUAGUGCUGGCCGAGAAGUGAAGCCUGGCCUAAAGACGAGCCAAGCGGAGAGAAUGUAAAGCACAGCUAAAGCAUUAUUUACAAAGCAUCUCGGGAGUAGGAGUACUGAUCUAGGAUCAGUGUGCCCCUGUUUUUGCCUGACGUUCGCUACAUACUUCAGUCUGACUGCCAUCAUUAACCAGGCAUGCUUCCAUCAACCCUUUUUUUCUGAAUGUGAUUUAUAGUACGUGUCGGAUAAAAAAAAUGCCACGAUAGCCUUGAUGGAAAAAGCUAAUUUGUCAGUGAACUUUCCAAAUGUAGACUAAACAAAAUACGCUAGACAAGGUGGGAUCUUUUUGUCAUAAAAUGUAUUAUGCGAGAACUGGGGGUCCUUCCAUUACGACUCGGGAAAGCAUGCAGUUUAUUAGGCUUCAUAUGAAAUAAGUUAUGAGGAACUUCACAUGGUGGUGACAGUGCAAGGGGAUUAGCUUGAUGCUGCUUUCCAAUAAAUAUUGAGGUUCUUAUUCUAGUGACACGCUGAUCGAUGUUUGGCUGCCAUUUGACAAAUAAAAAUGAUCUUUCUCUUUAGUCCAUAAUCAUUCAGAACAGGUCGAUCUUCAAGGCAUUCCUCGUCGAUCACAAAACAUUUCUGAGGAAAAUCCAACGUUAAAGGCUGUGAUAAAGGCUUGCGCUCCUUUUAAAUUCAUGUUGGCGAGAGGUGCGCUUGGUUUGAGAAGCCCUGCGCACCGGGUAAGCAAAGUGUUCCCCAUUUUUGAAGCAUUUCAGUUGUCUGAAAAGUUGAACUGGGAGAUCUGUGGCUAAAUCGAGUGUGCCUACUCGGGCGGCCAAUCGAUAUAUCAAAUCACAGUGCCUAAAGAGCUUCCACGACCCCAGGCCAUAGCAAAGUUUGAUACUAGCCCAACUUAGAUGUAAUAACUUGUAAAACCAUAACCACAGAGAGACUCAAAGAAUACAGCAAAGAGCUGCUCUUUUUUAGGAACGAGUUCAUGUUAAAAAUAUGUAUUCAACACUAUGCUCCGCUCUGCCUUGCAAGUGCUACACCAACUGAUCUAUUUUGUAAUCAAAUCUCAAGUUUUAAAUAUUGCCAGGCCAGGCAUAUAGCCAAUAUGCUGUGUUAAUAUAUUAGGCCUACUGCACAAACCUCAUUCUUACAGGACUGCUUUUAUUGGGUUAAUAAUGUUACAUUUUCUUAAGUCGUGCUUAAAAAAAUAAUAAUAAUCCUGAGCAGUAUCGUGUAACAUUUUGACUGCGAAAGUGAUCUUGACUCAAAGGUUGGUGACCACUGAUCUGAGCUGUUGACUAAAGUGCACAAGCCAAUACCAGAGUGGCCACAUUCGCUAUAUAACGCAACAUUUUUUUGUGACAAAACCAUCAGUAGGCCUGGAGUUGAAAGUGCCAUGGAAACCCAUUUAACUUAUUUAUUGGGUAUAUGUGAAUCCGCAAAAGGUAUUUUUAUGUGCACUACGUCAUCACGCACAGCCUUUUAUCUACAACAAGUCCAUUUGAUGGAAACUCAUCUCUGCAGAUUUUUAAAAUAUUCACGUGAAAGUCUGUCGCCAAUUGGAUGGAAACCUAGAUAUUGAAGUUGUUUGCGGUGAUGUCAAAGAGGGGUGUUGUACAAAACAAAGUAAUCAGAGAUUGGCUCAUCUCUUAACUAAUCAAACCUCUGCUUUAACAGUGUGUGUGUGUUCUGGCUCUGGCCCAACCCAUCUGUUUCUGGGACCAAUCAGAACGGUUAGAAUGGUUUUCUGUUCUAGAAAUCGUUGUGGAAGUACUCAAAUUUAGACUCAUUGCGGAGAAGCAAUUAACAAUUAACACCCGUGGGUGUAGUGUUUGGCUGGAGCAAGGUGCUUGGGUAGCCAGGCAACCCCAGGGGGGAAGAGUAUGUGUGUGUGCAUAUAUCAGCACUCCUAAUCCUACAAUGCUUUAUGAAUACGGGCCCUAAUUGUUUUAUAUUAGAAGUCUGGACUAAAGACAGGACCUCUCAAGCAGAGGGAAUGUAAAGUACAACUGCAGCGCUGAACCAUAGAUUAGGGUGCUGAUCUAGGAUCAGUUUUUCCUUUUUAGAUCAUAGUGAAUAGCGUAUGAACAAAGGGUGAACCUGAUCCUAGAUGAGCACUCAUGAAUAAGUGCUCUGGUUCUGUCUGAACUGACAUGUGGAUGUCAGUGAAGGAACAUCUACGGCUCCCCAGAGAUCGGGGCUGUUGUGUUGCUGUGUGCAAUCGCUUUUAUACAUGGUGUGUUUUGUGUGCGCUAUGUUACUAAGCCUGUGGGAAUUAGCCGGAAAGGAGAACAAAGUUGUAAAAUGAUUGUUACCGAAUGGAAUAAGACAUGGAAGUGAAAGCACACAGUGUAGCCUAGUGUUAAAGCUGUUUUUUGUUUUUUUGGUAUCUUGUCCUCAGCUGGGGAAAAAAGGUGUUGCAAUUGAUGCAAACGCUUAGUAAAUCUGACCCGUAGUCUUUGGACUUAAUUUCAGUAUUUUUGUUUUUGUCGUACUACUAGAUUACAUGUAGUGUAACAUGUUUGACCUUUUUUAUAGUGUGAUGUCAUUCAGAUAGCUAAAUAGCUACCUUUCUAUGCCAUUUAAGCGCUAAUAAAGCUAUAUCUUUCCAG